AUCACAGAGAGAGAGAGAGAGAGAGAGAGAGAGGACUUGGGUUUGGGGGUUUGAGAUACUGCUAAUCAAGAACAUAUAAUCUUUACUGUAGAUGAAUGAUCAGUUUGUGAUUGUUUGAUCUUUGAUCACUACUACGGAUCAUUUGAUUGAUUGAAUCAUAUAUAGAUAAAUCUACGGAUAUAUGUAUGUUUUUGAACUUCAUGGCUGAUGAUUCAACUGCAUAACCAGCUUCGUCUUGAUUAAGACGUUUGAAGGGAUUUUAUUUGCUCACUGAUGUUUUUGAGUCAAUAUUGUUAUACACAUCAAAAGUACAGAACAAAUGCCAUCAUUAAAGAUGAAGAUGAAGUCAACCGUGGGCUGUUUGAGAGAAAAGAAUGGCCUCCAUGUGUGUCAAAAAUCAAGCAAGAUUUCCAAGAACUCUUCCUCACAAGUCAGGAGCUUCCAACAAGAAGCAGAACUUGAGACUUGUAUUUCUAACAAACAGGACGAUUCUUUCUGCUGUGAACCAACUGCUCAGGAAAUUAGAGUCAAUGAAACUAAUUGUUGUGAAUUGCCAGAUGAAGAAAGUAUUCAGGAUCAUACACUAGUCAACGGCUCUUCAACCACAGAAACCAUCUUUUCACCCAUACUGGAGUCCAUUGACAAUGGCAAUGAAGCAACUGUUUCUGGUGAUAGAGGGAAUGAAAAAGAGCUUGAAGUGCCAUCACUGGGAGACAAAGAUAGAAACUCAUGUGAAUAUCAAAGUUGUAAUGUAUCAGAUUUCUUCAUUUCAGACAUGAUUGUUUCUAGCACACCCAUUGAAAGAAGCUUGGCAUACGCCAACAUGGAGGCUACCUGCCUACCUGAUUAUGGAUGUGAUGAGUCAAGCAGAUUUUUCGAUGAUGAAUAUACGAUACUUCCUUUUCUUGAGGAUAGUAUUGACACUUGCAAUGACUCUGAUGACAGCAGAAACUGUUCAGAACCUGUCAUGGUUUCAGACGAAUCAAAUUUAUAUCUGGCAAUCCAUCAGCUUAAAUCCUGCAAUCAGGAACCGGUUGUUAACACUUAUCCUGACUGGGAUCCAGUAGAGUGCUUCGAUCCACAAAUGUUCAUUAGAAAUCUGCCCGACCUUUCGGAAGUGGAACAAAAUUUCCUUCCCACCGUAUUGCCUUUGGAAAGAAAAACUGUCACCCUAGUACUUGAUUUAGAUGAAACACUGGUCCACUCUUCAUUGCAACACUGUGAUGAUGCAGACUUCACCUUUCCAGUAUUUGUUGAUUUCAAAGAGCAUACUGUCUAUGUAAAGCGGAGGCCCUAUCUUCAGGAAUUCUUGGAAAGGGUCUCAGAAAUGUUUCAAAUUGUCGUGUUCACGGCCAGUCAGAGCAUAUACGCGAAACAACUUCUGGACAUUCUGGAUCCAGAUGGAAAAAUCAUCUCUCGUCGAGCUUAUAGAGAAUCAUGUAUUUUUGCAGAUGGUUGUUAUACCAAGGAUCUAACUGUUUUAGGUGUUGAUCUUGCUAAAGUUGCCAUAGUUGAUAAUUGCCCACAGGUUUUCCGAUUGCAAGUGAAUAAUGGGAUCCCGAUAAAGAGUUGGUUCAAUGAUCCAGCAGAUUGUGCAUUAAUUUCAUUACUUCCCUUCCUAGAGACUCUGGCAGACGCUGAAGAUGUCCGUCCAAUAAUUGCCAAGAGAUUCGGUAUGAAGAUCUUUAAUGGAUUGAUAUGCCAAAAGCCAUUCUAAUAGGUAUUGUUCUUUCAUUAGUAUGCAAAUUCCGUUUUCUCAAAACCUUAUUAUAAGUCACCGGUUUUCACAUAACUCUA